AUGUAUGCUAGACAACCCUCUAAAGUCCUCCAGACUAAGCUCUCUCACAUAACCUCUCAAAUUUUUAACGCAGGUUCCUUCAUUUAUCAAUCCUUUGAAGGAAUCCGAAUUGGAUUUAAGAUAUGUUUGCGUUUGAUCUGGUUUUAUGCAGAAUUACUAACAAAAGUUACAGGGUAUCAAAUUCCAUUAAUUGAAAACUUGGGUAUUCUUCGAGAUACCAAUGAUAGCAUCGAUUUUACCGACAAUGACAUUCGGUAUUUAGGAAACUUCCCACGUAUGAGACGUCUUCAAACCCUUCUUUGUGGUCGAAAUAGAAUAAGCACGAUUGACCCAGAGCUUGGCAAAGUGUUACCCAACUUAAAAAUCCUUUCGUUAGCCCAAAAUCAUAUCCAACAACUGGCGGAUUUAGAUCCCUUAUCUACAUGCACCAGACUCACUCAUUUGACUUGUCUCGAUAAUGCAGUUAGCCAAAACCAGUAUUACAGAUUAUACUUAAUAUGGCGAAUUCCGUCAUUGCAUAUCUUAGAUUUUGAGCGUGUCCGCGAAAACGAACGAUCUCGAGCUCAAGAAAUGUUUGGAACUGUGGACCGUCCUACUGAAAUAGCUGCAUCUAUCAUGGGGGUUAAAAGCCGUGUAUUUGAUUUGGGAACUCUUGUACAGUCAUCGAAUACAGAUACGAAUACAACCGUUUCCACCGGCUAUGCGUUAACUCCCGAGGAGAAAGAAAAAAUCAAAGACGCAAUUAAACAUGCUUCUUCAAUUGCUGAAAUUAACCGAUUAGAGGCUAUGCUUUUAGAGGGAAAAAUACCGAAAUAGGUUGAUCAAGACAUCUAUUCAAAAAGUAUUCUUGCAAUGUCUUUAUACGAAUUCUGAAUAAAAUAUUUUAUGUUUCUUGGAUUCUAAGUUAUGCCUUAAAGUACUACUGUUUGUAGUCGCAUAAAUAAUCAACUGAAAAAAAAAAUAACAAAACUUUUGAGGGAUCUACUGAGUAACGGCUCAGUUAUUG